UAAAAGGCUCCAUCCGGGUCCUGGCCCCCGCUGUGGGCGACUCGUCGCCAUUACGGGGCAGCGGCGGCGGGGCCGGGGCCGGAGCGGCGCCGCGGAGCCCGUGGGUGCCUGGGGGGCGCCGAGCACUCCGGCGGCAGGCAGCGCCGGGCCCCGCGGGGCUCCGUGAGCCGCUCGCCCCGUCGUCGCCCGGAGCCCCGCAGGCCCGGCCCGGCCUCCCGCGGCCCUCCCCGGUUCGAGCGGAGCAGCGAGAAGAUGUCGCCAUGAAGGAGGCCGAGUCCGCGCUGCGCCGCCCCCGCCGCUCCCCGCGGGCCAUGAGCCAGGGCCCCCGCCGGCUCCGCCAGCGCCCGUCGUGCCCCCCCGCUCAGGGCCGCCGCUCGCUCGCCAGCGCCGCCGGGGCGCCCGUUGAUGCUGCAGAGCUCGCCCGGCGCGACCCCCGCCGCAGCCUCCGCCUCCGCCAUGGACAAGAGCAGCCCCUGCGGCUCCGGUGCGCCCGGCUCCUCGGCCGGCAGCAAAACGCAGCAGCCCCGUUCCGCCUCGGCCGGGCCCGCCGCGGGGGAGUCUAAGCCCAAAGGCGAUGGAAAGAAUGCGAGUGGAUCCAAACAACGUUAUAAUCGUAAAAGAGAAACUUCCUAUUCAAAAAAUGAGAACUUUUCCAGUCAGUCCCGUCGCUCCAAUUCACAGAAAAGCAAAGCUUUUAACAAGAUGCCCCCUCAGAGGGGAGGUAGCGGUGGAAGUGGCAAACUUUUUAGCUCUUGUAAUGGUGGAAGACGAGAUGAGGUAGCAGAGGCUCAACGGGCAGAGUUCAGCCCUGCCCAGUUCUCUGGCCCCAAGAAGAUUAAUCUGAACCACUUACUGAACUUCACUUUUGAACCCCGGGGCCAAGCAAGCCAUUUUGAUGGGAAUGGACAUGGCAACUGGGGGAAAAGGAACAAGUGGGGACAUAAGCCUUUCAACAAGGAGCUCUUCCUACAGGCCAACUGCCAGUUUGUUGUCUCUGAAGAACAGGACUACACAGUCCACUUUGCUGAUCCAGAUACCUUGGUCAACUGGGACUUUGUGGAGCAAGUGCGGAUUUGUAGCCACGAAGUGCCCUCUUGCCCAAUAUGUCUGUAUCCACCUACCGCAGCAAAGAUCACCCGCUGUGGACACAUCUUUUGUUGGGCGUGUAUCCUUCACUAUCUCUCCUUGAGUGAAAAGACAUGGAGUAAAUGUCCUAUUUGUUAUGGCUCUGUUCACAAGAAAGAUCUCAAGAGCGUUGUCGCUAUGGAAACGCGUCAAUAUGCAAUUGGUGAUAUCAUUACAAUGCAACUUAUGAGGAGAGAGAAGGGUGUUCUGAUAGCACUGCCCAAAUCCCAGUGGACGAAUGUGGUGCAGCCUGUUCAUGUUGGAGAUGAACAGCACAGCCAGUAUUCAAAGCUGCUUCUGGCAUCCAGGGAGCAAGUCUUGCAGUGUGUGAUUUUGGAGGAGAAAGCAGCAUUACUAAGACAGUAUGAGGAGGAAAAACAUACCCCAGAGGCUUGUUUUAUUGAGGCGGCUAUCCAGGAACUAAAAGAGCGAGAGACAACACUCUCUGUUGAUCAGGAUAAAAACAGUGGCAUUGCUGGAAUUGCUGCAGCUGUUGAGGAACUGGUCCUAGAAAGCUCCAAGGCUGUAGAGCCUGUGGUUUCCCAAGAGAAAAAGUGUGGUGUGGAGUAUCUCUCGGCAUUUGACGAAGAGCUUGUGGAACCUUGCUCUGAUCUGGCAAGUUCCUUUCCCCCUCCCUUGGAAGCAGAAGAGGCAGCAUUGGAUGAAGAGGAAGUACCCGAGCUGGACACCGUAGGUGAAUCUGAUGGGAAGACUAUAGCGGAAUCAAAUACAGCUGAAACGAGCUACCAGGAAACUAAAGAUACAGUUAGCAGUGGACAUCUGAACAACUCUCCUUUUUACUAUUUCUAUCAAGCGGAGGAUGGACAGUGUAUGUAUCUUCACCCUGUGAAUGUUCGAUGUCUUGUUCGUGAAUAUGGCAGUUUGGAGAAGAGUCCAGAGAAGAUAACUGCAGCUGUAGUGGAGAUAGCUGGCUACUCAAUGACAGAGGAUAUAAGACAACGUCAUCGUUACUUAUGUCACUUGCCCCUCACCUGUGAGUUCAGUAUUUGUGAACUGGCUCUGAAGCCACCUACCAUUUCCAAGGAGACUUUAGAGUUGUUUUCAGAUGACCUUGAAAAGAGGAAACGCCUGCGGCAGAAGAAAGCUCGUGAUGAACGACGACGUGAACGCAGAAUUGAGAUCGAAGAAAACAAGAAACAGGGCAAAUAUCCAGAGGUCCAUAUUGCUUUAGAGAAUCUGCAGCAGUUCCCUGCUUUUACCUCCUGCUCUGGAGAAACUACCAGCAUUGAUCAUCAGAGGUUCUGUCUGUCUCCUCUUGGCAGGAGUCCUGUGUUUCAGACAGAGUCUGUUCCAUCUCCUCUGUCACCUGCUGCCAGCCAGGUCAGCCCAUUGCUCUGCGGGAGCUUAGAAGAAGAGUCUCCCUUCCCUUCCUUCGCCCAGAUGUUGAGGGUUGGAAAAGCAAAACCAGAAACAUGGUCCAAACCUGGUGCAAAGACAAGAGAUGAGAACACUCUGGCGCUCCCUGUGCUGGUGGAUAGUGAUGGAGAAAGUGACAACUCUGACCGCAUACCUGUGCCCAGCUUCCAAAAUUCCUUCAGCCAAGCUAUUGAGGCAGCCCUCCUGAAAUUGGACAAAUCGUCCACAUCCGAUCCUUUGUCAGAGGAAAAGGGAGGCAAGAAAAGAAAGAAACAGAAGCAGAAGCUACUGUUCAGCACCUCUGUUGUUCACACAAAGUGAUUCUGCUAUCCAAGAGAAGUUCCCUCUCCUUCUGGUUUUCUUUUCAUUUUGCUUUGUUUUGCUGCUAUAGUUUAAGUAUUUAAAUUUGAACAGACUAAAUCUGUGUUUCGAGGGCUUCUAGGAGGUUUGGGGGGAAACUAUGGAAAUGUAUGUCAAAGUAAGAUCUUGUUAUUCCAGCUUACUCAAUUGGUUUGUACUGAAACAAAGUUUUGAAAGAACCUGGAGAACAUUCAGUCAGGGCUUCUGGUCUGUGCCAAGUCAGUUCUUUUGGCCUAAUAUGCAAUCUAGAAGCAUGUACAGCUGUCUGGCACUGCCAGAGUACCACAGUAUUGCUUAAGUGAAGAGGCAGAGAGCCUUUACUUAGAAGUAUUCAUGGAGAGAAGUGCAUCUAACUGUGGCAGUAGUACUGUUUCAGUAAAGCUGUUACACUGCUGUCUUUAGAAACUGUGGUGUCCGCUGCACUGGAAAUGGGCAAAAGAGCUUCCUGGUUUUAGAGUGUUAGCUGCUAUAUCUGUUCUUUUUCUAAAGAGCAAAAAUUCCUCCUGUUCUCCUGGUUUUGAAAGAUUUAAAGCUGAGGUGAGUGUAAAGCAGAACUUGGCUAUUUGGUUUUGAAGUGACUCUUGCUGAAUUUGGGUAUUUCAAAAUGCAGUUUGGCACUAGUGGUAGAAGAAACCUCCUGGCUUAUUUCAGUUGUUCAGCUACUCUGUUUCAAUGUGGGUGAGUGAGGCUGCUUUUUUCUUUUCUUUUUUUUUUUUUCUUUUGCCAACAGUAGGCUACAAGUUCUUUGUAACCUGUUAUCAUCUGGAAUAAACACUCCACCCUAGGGCUCUUGGUAACUAAGCUGAAUGCUGUUUUGACACUGGCUGCUGUUGAAUUGGAAGAACAAUUGACAGUUGAUGCCCGAGAGAAAGUAGAUACUUUUAUCCCUGCAGCAAGGAACUAGGGUCUCUUGCACUGGGAUAAGGGCCUGUAUCUGCUUGGUUCUGGGAUAUAAGUUAGUCUGCACUAAGCACUUCAGGCUAUAAACAUGUCUCUUCUGGACCCCUCCUCCUUUUUCGGGUGGUCUUAUUCUGCACUGCUUGUGGUUCAAUUUGAAGCUAAUGAGUUAAGUGAUGUGGAUUUUGCUGAAUAAAAUGAACUAUAGGUGUAAUGUACCAGUGAAGGCCAACAGUUGCAAUAAAUCAUAUGCACAUAUUUAUAGUGCUACUAUAACCAAACUGUCUCAUCAACCUGAAGCAUAAUAUCACUUCAGUCACAUUCAAAUUCUGCCUUCCAAGUGCCAUACUUCCUUCCAAGGAGCUGGUAUAAAGUGCAAGACUGACAUGUGUCUCCUCUUACCUUUGGUGCCACUUGCACUGAUAGUCGGUUUGAAUGGCCUGCCUGCAAUUGCAAAGGCUUUGAAUAGUUCACGUGCUCACUGUAAGGAGCAGACCAUCCUCUCUCCCUUUGACAUUGACACGAGUCUGAAUACAGAAGCCUCCUGUUGUAGACUUCUGUAGUCAGCUAGUCUAAAUGCAGUGGUUUGGUCCCUAUUUAAAAGGUUUAUGUCACUAUAUUGUUGCUUGAUUUCAGAUAGGCUCACUGGUAGGUGAAUGCUUCCUCAGUACACUUAACAGUGUGCGUUUGCGUGUGUGAAGCUGCUACCUAACAGUACACUUCACAAAACUCUCUAUGUGGCUGUAAACUAGAAAGGCAGCAGGAGACUGGAGGUAAAUAAUAUUUCAGCUGCCACAGGAGUACACUGAUAGAAGAAACACUUGCAAAAUGUUCUUUGAAAGCAGCUUAAUUUCACACUUGGUCACAACUAACUAUACUCUUGGAAAGAGUACAGCUUGUCAAGACAGUGCAAACAGACUAAGACAAGAUGCCUAAAAGUGGUGACACAUCUUGGUGUUAAUGCUUCAAAUGCAUAGUGGAAAAUUAUUGGCAAGAGUAGAAAAGAAACUUGAGCAAGAAGGAUUCAAGUAUGCAGUUGAGGGUGUUCACAAUGUGUUUUUUUUUUUUUUUUUUUUUCUUACUUGUAAUAGCCAUUUUCUAUCCUUAUGCCAUGGAACAUGAGCAACUACUUACUGUCUAACCAGUAUCUGUUGUGUUCUACUAUCUAUUCACCUUUUUGGCAAACUUUUCUUCUUUGCAUUGGCAAGAGAAGCAGAAUAGUUUGAGCUGGUACAACUCACCUCCACAUCUCACAGUCACUGGAGCAAGGGAAGUAAUGCCAGCAAGGAAGACUGUCCCUCUUGCAGGGACAGUCUCCAGUGGCCAGCAUUUUCAAGUUGUGUCUUGUUUUCCUAUGGAUUCAAGAGAUGCUACCAGCAGCACUACUUUCCUGUAACUGAUUGGUGUAAACUUAAUAAAUAUCUAAGCAGUACCUUUA